AUGGCCGUCGACCACGGAUCCGUUGUGCAACCGAGCGCGCCCGAGAUUCUGAACGAUGACUCGUUCCCCGGUCCCUUCGAGGGCCCCGAGAAGCUGCUCGAGGUGUGGUUUGCGCCUUCGCCGGCGAUGAUGGAGGCGCGCAUGCGUGCGGCGGGCAAGCCGUCGUCCGCCGUGAGGGAGGACGGAACGCGCGUGCGGGGGCUGCGGUGCGUGCCGCGCGCUCAGUGGGAGGAGAUGCUCGACAUUGUCAAGUGCAAGGUGCUCUCGGUCGUGCAGGGCGAGGAGCUCGACAGUUACCUGCUCUCGGAGAGCAGCCUGUUCGUGUACCCGCACUACAUCAUCCUGAAGACGUGCGGUACGACGCUCAACCUCCACGGUCUGGGGCGUAUCAACGCCAUCGUCGCCGAGCACUGCGGCCUCGACAGCCAGUGGCGCCUCUUCUACAGCCGCAAGAGCUUCUUCUUCCCCGAGCUCCAGAAGGGACCACACCGCGAGUGGAGCCACGAGGUCGAGUUCCUCGAGUCCGGAGCGAGCGGACACGGAUACGACGGCAACGCCUACUAUGUCGGCCCCAUCAACCGCGACCACUGGGUGCUCUACCUCACCUCGCCGGACGACAGCGUGCUCGAGGGUCUCGAGGAGGCCGCGCCGGCGGCCUCCGCCGAGGCUGUUGAGCGUCCACUCCAGCUGCCCCCGCCGUCGGGCUUCUGCGACCAGACGCUCGAGAUCCUCAUGACCCACCUGCGUCCCGAGGGUCGGGAGCCGUUCUUCGUCCCCGCCGGCGUCGAGAAGACGGGCCACGAGCUCGGCGUCGACAUCUCGCGGCAGCUCGGCAUCGACGCGCUCUUCUCCCCCGACGAGACCUCGCUCGACUCGUUCGGCUUCGAGCCCUGCGGAUACUCGGCCAACGCCGUCAUCGGCACGGGUCUGCCCGAGAGCAACGGAGGAUACUUCACGAUCCACGUUACGCCCGAGGAGGGCUGGAGCUUUGCGUCCUUCGAGUGCAACGUGCCCCUGCCCGCCAUGUCGCCCAGCGCGUGGGCGUCGCAGUCCGGAUCGCCCGACAAGGCUGCUCCCCUGGCCAUCGCGAACGGCAACGGCAAGGAGGCGAACGGUGCCAACGGUGCCAACGGCGCCAACGGGCACGAGAAGGCCGCCAACGGCUUCGCAGCCCAGGCGAACGGGCAGGGUGCGGCGCGCCCCGACCUGCGCUCGCUCAUCUCGCGUGUGGUCGACAUUUUCCAGCCAAACCGCUUCAGCGUGACGCUCUUCGUGUCAACGGAGAACGACACGAGCAGCGCGGACGCGAUCCCCACCGACAUUCUCGGACGCUCGUUCACGCGGCGCGACAAGAUCGGCUACGAGUUUGAGGGGUACGACCUCGUCUUUGCCUGCUUUGAGCGCAAGGGGUGGAAGGAGCCCAAGAAGCCGGCCUCGGCUGCGGGCUCGAUGGCGGGCUCGGUCGCCAGCAUCAAGGCGCUCGAGUCAUGA